ACGAAACUACCACCGCCUCGUUUUCACCCUCACAUCACGACUGACUAACCCUCACCGCAGGCAGCGGAGGCAACAGAGGCGCGUUCGCCAGCAGUCUCUUCGUCUUUUUCUAUAGCCCAUCACGAUAUUGCAUUUUAUCUUAUCCUUCUGCAUUUUCAACCCUGCGACCUUGGCAGUGCAACUGCUCUCGUAAACACAACUCAAUCGCGACAACAAACACCCCGCAAACCGCGACCUCGUUCCCCGAACCAUCUACCACCUGCUCGAUGGACUGUUUAUAGUCCAGGAUAUCCCUAUACCUCGAUCGCAUCGGCCACAGCAAUAUGGCUCAUGCCUGGCUCGAUUCCUUGUCGGAGGAUUGGCCGUCACAAGCUGGCUCUGAGACUUCUCCGUCCUCCCAGUUGCCGCCUCUGAAGCCGACCGAGAACAACAAAACUCCAAACGCAAAGGGACCCGGCAGUCGCAUACCGCUCCCCGUCAGUAAGAUACGACCUUCGAGCGCCGGAACCAGCGACAAGAGCCCCGGUGUUCUGAGCGAACGGAGUUUCAAUAAUAUCAACCUUCCUCUCUCCCAACGGCGCCCUUCGAAGCUGUCCCGCGAGAUCAAACCCGACGCGCAAUCGCGGCAAACCAGUCGCGCUCUCUCGGCAUCUACAAACGGCUCUGUGGUCCAUAAUACGGUACACCGCAAGUCUUUCCAGUCAUCGCCAUUGAGGGGUUCCGCCGACACCCCAGAAUGGAAACGCAGACUAGUCUAUGGAGACAUAGGCUACGGCGAACAGAGAGAUCUCUUCUGUUCGGCAGCCGCCGGUCUCGAGAAUAUGUUCAAGCCGCCCUCACCUCACCCUGACAGCACCUUGGCUGAUCAGAGCGUACGACAAAAUACCACCAUGCCCUCAAGCCCUCCGUUCUUCCGGCUCCAGGAUCUGGACGCAGACAAGGACGACGACGACGAGUCGGAUGGGAGAAGCCAAAUGGAUCCAAGCCCGAGCCCGAGCCCUAGGAUUCGCCCGCCUCACAUCACUUUCAAACCAUCGACUGACGACUCCAUCCAACAGAGCAAGUUGACCGAAUCCAGUCCGCAGCGUGGUUGCUACACCGAAGAACCGAGCCUCGCGACCUCCGCGUCGGGCCUGGCACCGCUAAACGACGCGUCGCGGAAGACCAGUGGGCAAAGCGUCGUUCGGAAUGAAGAUUUUAGUCCCAUCGUUCUCACGCUCUCACGCCAAAAGGAGAAUGAAGGAAACACCAAUCCUGCGCCAGUCGGGCUUCCCGUCGACCAGCUUCAAGAACGGCUCGAGAAACUACAGAUCGAUCAGAUGCUGCUAGACUCGCAAGGCGAGCUCAGGUUUGACGCAGACGGUACCCUCGAUGAUACCGAAAGCGACAGGAUAGAGACAACCGAGGAGUACGCAAGACGUGGAGGCUUCCUCAACAUACGUCGUGGAGGUACAUCCGGUGACGGGUCCUUUAGAUACCGGGGUUUGAGUCCUGGAAUGGGCGUCGAUACAUCGGAGAUGCUCCCUGAAGAGUCCCUUCAGGCUAGCACUCCCAAGCAGUUCCCAAGCGUCAGAACACCUGGCCGCCCGCAAUUAGGAACUCAAAGUCCCCUGCCUCUGCGCGCACCAAAGCCCAGCCCCGAAAAGCCCGGAACAGCUGGAACUAGCAGCACGAGUCCCCUGAAGCUCUUUGGGCCCUACGACACGUUCACGAAUCAGACGCUUCUGCGACGCAUCAGCCAAUUUGAGGAACAAAUGUCGGCAUCCUCACGUCAAUCCCUCAGUGGCGAGUUCUUAAAGCAGGGUGGAAGACGACGACCCCAUACCGCUCCAGGCGAUUACUUGUCCGCUCCAGCACAACAAACAGCUACAAGCUCUCGUUCUAUCAGUCAAUUUGGGGCUGGUGACCUCGAAGGCUAUCGAUUCAACCAAGAUCUCUCCAUCCGGCUCGAGGAGGAAUCUCAUUUUUACGAAGACGAGGAAGAAUCGGAACACGUACCCGACCAUGAUGAUGAUGAUGAUGAUGAUGAUGGUGGUGGUCGUGAGGGAUCUGUUCUGCGAUUUGAUCUCGUUCCUGGCUCACCGAUACCCGAUGAAGCCUCAAUGUUCGUUCCUCGAAAACGUGCAAAGUCAGGAACCACGACGGCUUCGUCUUCAAAACAUACCCCUUCAACCAGCGAUGGAAGCGUACCGAAAGUCCAAUUUGCUGGAUCCGCCGCGUUCAUGCUGGGAACACCCCAGAGACGUGAUACGGGCUCGGAAGGGAAGCGACCCCGCACCUCACCAUCCAAAGAUCCAACACCCAAGCGCAGGAGGACGCUCCACAAGUCCGACAUUGCGUAUGGGCGGGAAGAGAGCUAUGCACUCCUGGAUACUGUUCAAGAAACCCAUGCUUUGAUGCAGAGCAUGAUGGGCAAAAAACGCAAGGAUGCUCGCCCGGGGAGUUUACAACAAAGAGCCCACCCCGCCGUCCUUGCCACACGCCAUAUCCUUCGGCCACGGACGCCAACCCCAAGUUCGAGAUCCUCGCUUCAACCAGGAGAGUUUCCCUUUGAGGACGAUUUGCUUGACAAACAGCUGGAUGAGCAGCCCCAACGGCGGACUCCUCACCGUGGAUCUCAAUUCACCUCAAGUGCGAAUGAUCGUAGUGCGACCAUUGACUCAGAUCGCAAGCCCUCUAUCAGGACCCAAGAUUUUCUGGAUGAGGCGGGCAAGAUCAUGGCCAUGAUCCGAAAUGGAGCCAAAGCUCCGAGUGGCUUGACGAGCGUGGAGGAAUCUGAUGCGGAAUACGGCGAGCCAAGCCCAGCUAUCGACGAAGAUUUGUACGAUGACUCAACUAGGGAGCCACUCUCACGGCCCCCAAGCCGAGAAGGAAAGCCAGUGCAAAGAGCGCCACAACGACAGGACAACCCAGAGAUCCUCGACUACCUCAAGAAGUACCAGGAGCUUAGUGAUAUGGGAGACGUCAUUACAUCAUCGCUGAGGUCUAUGAGUGAAGCACAGGACGCCAUGCGAGCUGCACAGGAGGUCGAGCGUCAACUUGAAGAGAGGAACCGCAACAGGAACAGCCAUAUUGACCUUCAAUACCUCGGAGGAGACGAGACUAUUAGCGAUCCUCCCAAUAUCCGCAUCAGCGCAAACCCGAACAGGCAACGAGUCGAUGCUGAUGGCUUCCGCGACUUUGAGACCCACUCGUCUGGUGCGUCUACCACCCACACCAUGCACACGACUUCGUCUCGAGGUUCCGAGUCGCGAAAAACCAUCGCGCCGCAGAGUGUUUCGCAUUUGAUACCAGACCAGGUUGGCAGCAUGUACCUUGAUCGUCAACAAAACAUAUGGAUCAAGCGCAAGGGCGGAAGCAUUCGACCUAGAAGCUCGCAUGUCAUCCCAUCCGAGGACAGUGAGGAUGAUCCAUUUGCAAGCAUUCCUGACCUGUCCGUCGACAUCACGAAGGAGAUGCAGCAUUUGCGACAGGUGACGGCACAAAAAGAGGCGGAGGAACGAGAAGCGAACAUAACACAGUCGCCCAGGAGCUCUCUGAAUACGCCUAGGAGCGCAUCUGGAAGGGGCUUUGUGACGUUGUCACCCGAUGCAGCGCUACCCCAAGAUAUCGGGUUGCAAGCAAGGACAGAGUUCAGAAAGCUCGGGACCAAAGCAGCAAGUGAUGGAGACGUGGAGCAUGAGAUACAACUCGACGAGGAUCGCGUCAUCGACUCGUCCCCCUCCCGCAGGCGGAUGACCAUAUCGUUCUCUUCGCCGAUCGCCUCCGUCAUCCAAGACGUCGUCGCCGAAGACAUCGAUAGUCUCGAAGACGAUGAGGGUAGCUUCGUGGACGCAGAGUUUCUCCCGGAAGAAUCCAAGCGAAGCAAGUACCAGAGCCUGACGAAAGCCGCGCGACGAAACCUGUUGCAGCCACGCCCACGUACUGCCCCAGCUCGUGGUCCAUCGAGGCAAUUUUCGUUGCGUGGUCAAUCCUUCGUUCCGCGCCCCGUUUCCCGAAUUGACGAACGAGACGAGGAUAGUGUGGUAGGAGGCAAUGCCGAUGAACGACAGAUCAGCAUUUUGGCCGAUAACAGUGCCCUCAGCCACGUGUCUCGAGACAAGCAAGACAAGAGUUUGAGCUUCAUCAUCAAAACUCCGGGCAAGACAAGAAUGGGCGGUCUUUACCCAGACGCAGGCGCAUUCAUCGCCCACAACGUUGGCAACCUGUCGCUCAGCCCGAUGUCCGAUUUCACCAUGAACCACCACGAGAAGUCAUUCGGCUUCGAAGUCAGCUACGUUGUCGACAAUCAACGUCUUGUCACUGGCGAUGGCUCUAAAAAGGUUAUGUCCAUGACAGUCCGGGAUCUCGUCGACCGUUUGACGGAGAUCGAACCGUUUGAGCCAUACUGGGAGGACUUCACGGAACUCGACAUGAGUGAAAAGCGGCUAUCGAGCCUCCACAUGUUGGAUGAGUUUUGCGGGCGGUUGGUGAGCCUCGAUGCGUCAAACAACGCUCUUUGCCACCUGGAUGGAGUACCUGCCUCAGUGAGGCAGCUCAAGAUGACGCACAACAUGUUGACGGAGCUGACAUCGUGGGAUCACCUCGCCAACUUGCAAUACGUUGACAUCUCCAACAAUGACCUGUCCAGUCUCUCGGCCCUGAAGAACCUUGUCCAUCUUCGUAGCUUGCGAGCUGACAACAACAAGCUCACUUCGCUGGACGGCUUGGACCAGCACGAUGCGCUCCUGACGCUCCGGGCACGCAACAACCUGAUCGAGGUGGCUGAUUUCGAAGGCACCAAGCUUCAUCGAUUGACGGAGCUGGAUCUGGUUGGAAACAAGGUGACGGGGAUCCGGAAUGCCGGUCAGCUUUCGUCUUUGCAGACCCUCAAACUCUCCAAGAACCGCCUGGAAAGCUUCACCGCCGAAGAUGCGCAAGGGCUGGACGGACUACGGUAUCUCGACCUCAGCGACAAUGACAUUAUUGACCUGGACAUUAGUCGCUUGCCAGCCGUCCGCCUGCUUCACGCGGACAGGAACCGCAUCAACAAAAUCACCGGAUUCACCAAGGCCCGGCACUUGGAUAGUCUUUCGUUAAGGGAGCAGCGCAGCGAUGCUCAACUGGACCUUUCCUUCCUUUCCUCGGCUUACGAGGUGCGGAAACUGUUCCUGUCCGGCAACUACAUUGGCACGUUUGAGCCCAAGGUCGAUUUUCUCAACCUACAACUGCUCGAACUGGCCAACUGUGGACUAAGGUUCUUGCCGGAAGGAGUCGGACAGCUGAUGCCAAAUUUGCGGUCGCUGAACCUUAAUUUCAACGCGGUUUCGGACCUCUCACCCAUUCGAUUCAUUCCCCGGCUCAAGAAGCUUCUUGUGGCCGGAAACCGGCUGUCGGACUCGACGACAGUGACGGAGCUUUUGACGGACUUCCCGCACCUGACGCAAUUGGACUUGCGGGACAAUCCGAUUACCCAGGGCUUUUACCCGCCAGUGCACGUUAUGAUAUCAGCGGACCGAGGCCAUGUCGCCGACCCGUUCACUCUACCCGAGGCCGAUCCGGAGAGGGACGCGGUGUUUGCCAGGCGGCUGGAUGAGACGACUCGGCUCCGGCGCCGACUGUACCAGGUUGUUUUCGUGGGAUGUUGCAAGAAGCUGAAGCUUUUGGAUGGACUACCCGUCAAACGGCAGCAUAUGCUUGCGCGCGACCCAUCAUUUCAGGCGUUGGUGAAAGAGGGGCUUUUGCCCAGCGACGUUGCCCAGGUCCCGACUUGUUCUCCAGCAGAAAGGCCGGCCGAGAUCCCGGCCCGGACUCCGGUUACGCCACGAGCACCAGCUCCCGUCUCGGCCCAGGCGGACGAGAGUAGCCGAUGGAACGCAGAAGACAGCUUCGCUUAAUGUGGCGGCAUUGUAACAACAGCGGAGGGCAAAAGCAACAAAAAGGCGUUUGCAGCGCAGCACGGGGUUUGGUAUUUUUUCAUAUUGGACAUUUUCGUUUUUCUUUUGGGCAAAGGAGUGGCGUCUUGGUAAUGAUUAGGGGAAAAAGGGAAGCCGGUAUCAUUAAUGACGACACGAAGGCAGCAUUGUACGAAUACAACCAGUAGAGAGCAUUGGUUCAGGAAGAUGGUAGAGAAUACAGACUCUGUAUAUGCGAUGCGGCA